AAACAUAUGCGUAGUUAAAGUUACCAAAUUCCAUUACCGAAAUUUUAUUUUACUAUGUUUAUAGAUUAUAAUCUAUAAACCAAAUUGCGACUUGUUGCAAUAAUAUUAUUAUCGUGAUAAGUUCGAUAAAUUUAAUUAAGUUAAUUGUAUCGUAUUAUUAUUGAAGAAAAGUAUUUCUACAGUUUUCUACUUAUCUCAUGCCAUGUAUCCAAAUAUGAAUAAAAGUGAAAUGCCAUCAGCUCCGCCGACCUAUUUAGAAUCUGUUGGUAGUGCUCCAAUUGGAUUUACAACUCCUAUGUACCCAUCUCCUAGUGUUCCUCCGAUGUAUCAACCAGUUCCUCCCAGUUAUCCAACUUCUAAUACUAAUCAACCUAACCAAGUAGUGAUUGUACAACAAAAUCCUCCAUUGGCUCGUACUCCAGUGCAAAUGAUAUGUCCAGCCUGCAAAUCUCAAAUAAUAUCAACUAUCCAAGAAGAUACAACACCUAGUGCUUACUUAUGUUGUGCAUUAACUUACUUUACUUCAUGCUGUUUGUGCUCUUGUCUUCCAUUUUGUAUGGAUGCGUUCAAAAUGGUUCAUCACACUUGUCCUCAGUGUAAAACAUUCCUGGGAACAUAUAAGCCAUAAUACUUUUGAUCAAGCGCAAAUAAAAUUUUUUUUUUUAAUAACCAUUUGGUAUAUAAGUUUUUACAUAUUUACUAUCUACCAUUUAUUGAAAACAUUGGUAUAAAAAUUUAUUACUUCCUUAGUUUAAAUUAAAUAUAAAAAAAAGUUAUUGUAUGUUAAUUGAGACUAAGCUUUUAUUGAGAAAAUUUGUUUACAUUUUUGAAACUUGACUGGUGCUUCUUUUACUUUUUAUAAUAUCUUCUAAUUUAUAAUAAUAUUAUUUAAAUAAAAAUCAUAAUUUAGAUUUGUAAAGUUUACAUUGGCUAGUUUAAAUUAUCCAGUGAGAGAACCUUGUUGUGUUAUAGUUAUUUAUUAUUAUUUGUAUAUUUUUAAAUUACUUUUCCUUUUUGAAGGUAAAAAAAAAAAAAUAUUGUAAAUCUUUUGAUAAAAAUUAUGAAUAGUUCAUUUAAGAGCAAUGCAAUUAUGGAAUUGCUGCCUAUAAGGCAUCUCAAAUAUGUUUCUACUGUUUUCAUAAUUAAAAAUUGUAAUUAUGUUUUUUGUAUAAGUAAUCUUAUACAUUUCUGAAAAAAGUAUAACUAGGAAAGACACUAAAAUUUGUGUUAUUAUUUGCUUGCUGUAUUAAAAAUUUUGAGAACAUUUUUAUUUAAUGGUAAUUUAUAUUAAUAUAAUAUGUUAAUAUGAAUUUCAGUAUAAAUUUUAUAUUUAAUUUUUUUAACUCUAAUAAAAUAGAAAAACUAACUAAAAGUAGACUAAUUGUUUUUUUUAUUUUUAAGCAGUUAUCAAUAACAUUUAUAUUUUAUAAACUACAAG